AUGGGGAAAGUCAACUCGGUAUGGGCGGACUUGGUCCAGUACCGGAGGGCGUAUUUCCUCACCGGCGUGGCGGCUUUUGGGGGGAUGUUGUUUGGAUGGGAUACUGGCCUAAUCGGCGGCGUCCUCACCAUGUCCAGCUUCCAACACAGCUUCGACCUCGACCCGGACUCCCCCGCCUACUCCAACCUCUCCGGCAACAUCGUGUCCGUGCUGCAAGCGGGCUGCUUCUUCGGCGCCAUGUCGAGUUUCUACAUCUCCGAUAAAUUCGGGCGCAAAGCCGCGCUCAUCAUCGCGGAUGUGAUUUUCAUCAUCGGCAGCAUCAUCCAGACGUGCGCGGGACUGCAUACGACCAGUCUGGCGGAGCUGUAUGUCGGCAGGGUGAUUGGCGGGUUUGGGGUCGGGUUGAUCUCGGCGGUUGUGCCGACUUAUAUUGGCGAGAAUGCGAAUAAGGAGAUUCGCGGGAGGUGUAUUGGGACGAUGCAGUUGUUUAACGUCACGGGUAUCAUGCUGAGCUACUUCGUCAACUUUGGCGUCAACAAGUCCAUCUCGAGCACAUCCUCCACCCAAUGGCGGGUUCCGUUCGCACUGCAGAUGCUCCCUGGCGCUCUCCUCCUGGCUGGUAUCUUCUUCCAGAACGAAUCGCCACGAUGGCUUGUUGAGAAGAACAAGAUUGAAGCAGCCCGCAAGGCUCUCGCACAAGUCCGCGCUAGGGCUAUUGGUGAUCCGGAAGUUACGAGGGAACUGGAUGAGAUCAUCGAGGACUUCAACGGACAGGAGAAGAUGCCUCUCAUGGCUCAGAUGAAAGCGACCUGCAGCAAUGCUCAAAAUUUCUAUACGUUCAGCAUGGCUGUCGUGUUGAUGUUCUGGCAGCAAUGGACCGGCACAAACUCAAUAAAUUACUACUCCCCCCAAAUCUUCAAAUCCGUCGGCCUAACCGGCACCUCCGCGGGCCUCUUCGCAACCGGCAUCUACGGCGUCGUCAAAGUCGUCAUCACCGCCUUGGGCCUCAUGUUCGCCACCGAACAACUCGGGCGCAAAUGGUCGCUCAUAAUCGGCGGCCUCGGCCAGGCCUUCGCCAUGUACUACAUCGGCAUCAACCAAGCCGUCAACCCGGUCGCCCCAGGCUCCUCGCUCGAUGGAAACAGCACCUUCGCCAUCGUCUGCGUCUACCUCUUCGUCGUCUUCUACUCCUUCGGCUGGGGGCCCAUCCCCUUCGUGCUCUCCGCCGAGUGCGCCCCGAACCACAUCCGCUCGCUCAUCAUGGCGGCGGCGCUGAUGACGCAGUGGCUGUUUAAUUUUGUGAUUGCGAAGCUCACGCCCAUCAUGCUGCACGACAUCACCUACGGCACCUUCCUGCUCUUCGGCAGCUGCUGCAUCCUCAUGGUAGUGUACACCGUGUUCUGCGUGCCAGAGACGAAGGGCGUACCUCUCGAAAAGGUCCAUCUUUUGUUUGAGGGCGGGAUUAUUAAGGGUGCGGUGCGGGAUACGUGGCCCGGGAAGACGAGGGCGCGGGGUUUGAGGGAGAGGGGGGAGGUGGAGGAUGGCGAGGUUGUUGCCGGGAAGGGCUUUGAUGGGGAUUGUGUCAAGUAUGUGGAGCAUACUACUGUUGAGCCUGCGCGGGGCGAUCAUGGCACGGCGGUGGAGCCUAGGUAUCUUGCGAGUGGGUUUAAUCAUGUGGGACGGUCUUGA